AUGGCGCCAUCUCUGAUUGAGCCCGUCGUCACCUCAACCACACAUUUCACCGUGACAGCCCCCAAGAAGGACUUGGCCGACAACAAAUUUGGUUACCAGCCCGGCCGAACACCAGUCAAAACACAUGACAACUAUGCAUACGAGGACUUCCUACCCACAUUCCCCGAUAUCCAUUGGCCUGCGCUAGAGGAAACACCCUACGAAGACAAGGGCCUACGAGGCGAUCCCAAAUUCCGCAACCUUCUCCGAGACGCCACAGGAGUCUUCGACCACAACCCCAAAAUCGGCACCGAGGUCCAAGGAGUGGACCUCUCAACACUGGACAAUGCCCAAAGAGACGAUCUCGCCCGUCUCAUCGCCUACAGAGGCGUUGUGUUCUUCCGCAACCAAAAGAAUUUUGAUAUCAACGCCCAAAGAGACCUAGGUCGCUACCUGGGGAAACUACACAAGCACGCCACAACCUCCGUGCCAAGCAAGCCGGGCCUAGAAGAUGUCCACGUCGUCUACACCGGCGACAACUCAAGCGACAACCGCGCACUGUUCACGCCCAGCUUCCUCUGGCACUCAGAUGUUACAUACGAGCUCCAACCCCCUUCCUACACAUCUCUCAAGCUCCUAACCGGUCCGCCACGCGGUGGAGGCGGCGACACACUCUGGUCAAGCCAAUACGCAGCCUACGACGUGCUAUCCUCCCACAUGCAAACAUAUCUCAAGGGCCUGACAGCCCUACACUCUGCAAACAUGCAAGCAAACGACUCCAAGGCUCUCGGGCGUCCAGUCCGUCGUGACCCAGUCACAACCGAGCACCCCCUCAUCAGAACGAACCCGGUGACAGGCUGGAACGGACUCUUCUUCAACCCUGGAUUUGUAACCAAGAUCAUUGGGAUUCCGUCUGCCGAAAGCGACACCAUCAUUCGAUACUUGACGGAUGUCAUUGCCACGACGCAGGAAAUGCAUGCGCGGUUCUCGUGGGGCGAGGAUGAUGUUGCGCUUUGGGACAAUCGGUCCACGAAUCACAGUGCUUCUUAUGGAUUCACGCCUCAUCGUCGCCACGCUGUUCGCGUUGCUUGCCAUGCUGAGAGGCCCGUUCUGGAGGAAAGUGGCAAGUCGCAGGAGGAGGAUCUGAAUGCGCUUUAUGGCUUGCCGGCUGUUAAUAAGGAUGGGUCUAGACAGUCGAAUUAUAAUGAUUGA